CGUUGCCAUGCUUGCAUAAUCAGACAGCACAGUUUUAGGAGAUCUUCUGACUGGCGGUUCCCCGCGGCUGCGGCGGUGUGGAAUGAAAACAUGUGUAUUGUGUUGUACCACUCAUUGGAAAUCAUGUAUGGUGGCGCUUCUAUCGAUUGAUCGACGCGAUGUUUUUAACUUCAGGUUUUGAGCUACACUUCUUGGAAUGGACCAGAUUGAAUCUUUUGUGAUUGGUCACAUGGCUUUGAGCAAUUAAAGGACACAGAUUUGAUGAUUCCAAGAUGAGUGGAGAAGAAAAAGAAAUGGAAGUGGACGAUACCCCUGUUUCUAACAAGGAAGGGCGCCCUCAAGGUGAGGAGCGUACAGGAUCAGGAAGCAAAGACGUCGCGAUGGACCAAUCCAAUGUUCACAGUGGUGGUGAUCAUGGAGCCCCAGUUGAAAACAAAGUUGCCAAAAAGAGCCCCAAAAAGAGUAAAGGAGAGCAAAAGAAUUCAGUCAAGAAAGUCAAGAAGGGCAUUUUCAUCUCAUACUCGCCCGAUGGCGGAUUCCUAGAACGCUUGUUUGUGUGCACUGCUGUAAGACAAUUCAAGGAAAAUAACCUGGAUGAAGAUAUUUGGUUUGAUAAGGACGAACACAACACGGACAGUCCGGCUUGGUUUGCACAUCGCAUGGAAGCCGUUGAAAAGUGCAGGGCUGCUGUGUGUUUCCUAACAGAAUGUUAUUUUCAGUGCCCGGUGUCUAUCUAUGAAUUACGUUGCCUGCUGGAGAGGCAGAACUCAAGCAAUCCCCCUAAGGUGUUUGCAGUACUCUGUGAGAGCGUGGACAUUCCGAAGCAAUACAAUUCAUUGUUGCGGGAUGUUGUUAACCUAUCGAAUCACAAUAAUACCAGUAUUGCCGAAAAAGCAUCGAGAGUCAUAGGUUCUCUCAUGCUCAAGUUGGAGCCCUACAUCAGCAUCAACGCUCCUUAUGCUCCUGUGAUAAACACUGAAGAGUUCACCAAGGAAUACAAAGACAAGAAGCUUUGUCGGUGGAGCAGGAAUGACCUCCAAAGCUGGCUCCAUGACCUCGGAAUCAAGGAGUUCUACUGUCAGAGUUUUGCGGAGAUGGACAUUGACGGUUUCCUGCUGAUGUCUCUCAUGGAUCAAGAUAUGCAGGAACGACUCGGGGUGGAUAGCAGGGUGGUUCGCAGGAAGAUACUACAGCACAUAGUGGCCAUCCUGGAGAAGGAACACAAGCUGGCAGAUAACUGGCACCUGAGGGCUCGGACGCAACGCCCCAAAACAGACACCAUCUAUAUCAUCUAUGACCCAGCUGAUGUCAAGCUGGCCCAUAAUCUGAAACAGGAUCUCAAAAGAAAAGGCCUUACAGUAACGAGUCAUGAGAAGUUGGGAAGCUCACGAGACGAGUUCCUCCAGAUCAACGGGCCCAGCCUAGCCGCGGCCAAACACAUCUUAGUAAUCAUGACGGAUGCUUCCAGUGUCUCCCCGUUUGUCUUCCAUGAAGUCCUCUUUGCCGACUGGCUCGGUAAAAACCUGGUGACGGCCAUGUUCAAGAACUCCUGGGAGAAACUCAGACCUUCACUCAAAGCAGUCUUAGGAGAAUGCAGUGCUAUAGACUUUGAGACUAAGAUGUACACAGAGGCUAUGGAUGUCCUAGAACAUCAGAUCAAGCCACUGAAGAGAGUACCGGGUGUGGUCCUGGAACAGAGUUAUCUCAACCGUAUGAUGGAUGGACUCAAACCUCUCCAGGUCCUAGGGACAACAUCUCAUGCUUCUUGGAGUGCGAAUAGUAACAUAGUUGAACCAAGGGUGUUCAUAUCAUAUCAAUGGGAUGCUCAUAAUAAGGUUCAGGACAUUAAGAGACUUUUAGAAAGCAAUGGCAUCCCUUGCUGGGCGGAGUCCAUCCCGACGAUGUCCCAAGACUCGCGCGGCUCUAGCGGGGGCAGCCAUCGCACCGUCGGGUCCGGCCAGCAAUCGUCCGGUUCCCAGAACCCCGCCUCCGCCCACGAGACGGCACAAGACCACAUCCACCGCAACAUGCGAUCGUCUGCGAUCAUUGUCUCCUGCGUCACGUCGCGGUACCUCCAGUCGGAUAACUGUGUGAAGGAUCUGAUUCUGGCCGACUCGCUGCGUCGUCUGAUCAUUCCGGUCAUGCUACGGUUUGUUCCAUGGCCGCCUGAUUGUGGGAUGUCGGCAGUGAAGAAGAUUCUUGCCAGGACAAGCCCAGUGGACUUCAGCAACGAGAAACUCUACAAGCAGAAUUUCCAUCUCUUACUUGAAAGGGUAAGAAAACACUUGCAAAAUCUUAGAAUGUAAGAAAUAUAUUACGCUUCAUGACUUGUUAAAGGGGAAACGAACAUUUGCUCAUAACUCUCCUUUUUAAAAUUUUGUUCACACUUCAGGUCUAUCUACUUCUCUGAUAUUCCAUUCUUUAAAAAACUUUUCCUUUUGGGUAGGAGAUUCCAUUAAUGAAAUGUUCGCGAGAUAAUCACUUAUUGCUUGGACAAUCAUUUUUUUUAAGUUCUGAUCAGUUACUACAUGUACUUAAUUUAGAAUCGCCACAGAGCUUUUUUUAAUGUCUAGAGUUUAAUGGAAUUGAAUAAUAAUUUUACGAGCAAGUGCGUGAAUUUUAGGUUCAUGCUUCAAAGAAUAAUUCAAUUUUUUGAAAGCAUAAAGUUUGGUCUUUUGGAAGAAGCUGAUCACUGUAGAACUUUUACAGUGACAUUAUCUUCAUAUCAUUUCAGGAGUCAGGAUAUGCUGGGAGGUAGGGCAAUUUAUUUGACACAGCAGAAUUAAAUAAUAUAACACCUUUUAUUAUGUAAGCAAACUUUAGUUUGAUUCAAUGACAUGUAAAUUGCAAAUAUAAGCUCACUGUCAAUUUUGGGUCAUGUAAAGCACAUCCAAUAUCACAAUUCAUAUACCGGUAAUGGUGAUUUUGUACAUGUUUGUUUCAUACAUUUUUGUGCACAGAAUACUUAAAAAAUAUCUGGUUUUAUGCAAUUAAAAAGAUCAUUUCAGUGAACGAGUUGAUAAUUGUGCAAUUAAGUGGGCUGUGCUUUGUUUCAAAUCAAAGUGUGCUGUACAUUUUACGUGAUAGUCAGAGCAUACAAAUAUGCAUAUACAUAUGCAUUAUGAAUUUACAUAGUAGCAGGACUGUUGAGGCAGUUUUCAACUGAGUAUUGUUUUUAUUUUGUUUUUGUUUUUUAUGUGUGAUGAAUAGAAAAUUGUGGUAUGGACCAUCUAAACUGGCAAGAAAUUUAAAUUCUUCUUUGUGUAAGUUGCCACAUGCACUACAAAUUCAAGCUGAUUUAAAAAAAAGUAUGUUCAGAGGUGAAAUGACAGAUCACUUCUCAUUUUUGCUGGAUAACAAGAAAAGUCUUAUUACAGUAAUAACUGAAAAAUUAUUCCACAUACAUCUGAAUGUAUUUAGAUUAGGCCUACUGUGUUACCAGUGUAUUAGUUUAUUAAAUAAUGUACUCGUUCACAUGAGUAUUGAUAAAUGAUAAUAAAUAUUGAA